AGGACUCUUGGGGGCCUCUCCUCCUUUUCCCCCUCCUCCACUGUGGAUCUGUCCCUUUCUCUGCCUCUCUCUCCGUCCUCCACCAACACUCCCAGCGUAUUCCCAGAGACCUGGUUACCCAUGACAACCAGCCAGGACUUCCUGCAGGUUCCGGUAUCCUGUGACGACCGGAGUUAUCGGACCGUCUACACCCUCUUCCACAAGACGGUGUCUGAAACCAAGUUCCGCAUCCUUAAGAUCCUCCGCGUCCAGAAUCCCUUCCUAUGGGAGAAAUACAAGAGGAAGAAGGAGUACAUGUCUCGUCGUCUCUCGGAGAUGGACAGGAUGCUGAGCGAGCGUCACCUGUUCCACGGCACCUCCACUGAGGUGGUAGAGGGCAUCUGCAAACACAACUUUGACCCGCGUGUCAGUGGCAAACACGCCACCAUGUUCGGACAAGGAUCCUACUUCGCCCGCAAGGCCGUCUACUCCCAUAACUUCUCCAAGCGCUCUCCUAAAGGGAUCCACUCCAUGUUCCUGGCCAAAGUGCUCACUGGCAGGUUAGUAGUCUUUAUGGGAUUACUGUGUCCUCACUGACAGUCUUUAUGGGAU